AUGGUGACCCCUACCACCUCCUCUGACACCUUAUUCACCCCUCCAUCUCCCGUUCACCUCGCACAGUCAAUUUCCAAGCCCACGACGAUGGCCACGGAAAUGGACUUACUAUCAACGGCCGAGUCCCCACCACCCGUGGUCCCGAAACUCAUCCGUGAAGCCAGUGACAUCACAUGGCAGGAAUCCCUGGAAUCCAAAAAAACCCAGGUUGUGCUAGUCCGGCGACGUGGUCGAUUCCGUCUACUGCACCAGCAGCAAUUCAAAAACAGCUUGCUCGCCAGUGUCGGGUACCUUGAGCUAGCCAACGCCGGUGACUUCGCUGCCAACGUCUGGAAUCAGACCCCCGUUCCGAAGUUUGCCGCUGUGCUCAUGGGAAUUGGUGGUACACUAGCAUUGGGAAUGGUGUUGGUUGCUAUUCAUGAUUUUCGGCUGAGCUGGAUCAAUGUCAAGCUGCUGCGAGCGGAGCGGGCUCACCUACAACGUUUGCGGAAAUACCACUGCAAGAACGCAGAACUAGCCCGGCUCAUUGACAGCCGGCUUGGGGUUGGAGUCCGUGAAAUUGGCACCGAAGUGAUUGACCGGAUCGUGAUGGAUGUGUUGAUGGGGUUCGGCUCGUUGUUGGUCGGUGUUGGCACUUUGAUGGCGAUUGGCGGCGCCAACCCCCAUGUCUUCAAAGCUAGUAAUCUGCUGUCUGGAUAUAUUGGGAAUGGUCUCGCUGCAGUGUUUGGCCUUUUCAAUGCCAUCUGGUCUGGCUAUCUCUUCCAUCGAUUCCAUGUGUACAACGCUGCUGUUUUUGCCCGCGAGCCGAGUGAUGAUAUACGUCGCCGUCUACAUACCCGGUUCCGUGGAUUCCAAUGGCAUGCCAUUGUCAAUGGGUUGAAUGGUCUUGUUGCUGGUGCCGCUUCAAUGGUCACUGCCGAGCGUUGGUGGGGAUACGUUGUCCUGAUCCCGUGUAUUAUUUCUUUAAUCCUAUGCAACUAUUUCUGGCGAAAGCAGCUCGGCUAUGAUCGCCCACUCUUUGGUCAUACAUCACCAACAGAGCUACCGCUCAUUGAAGAUCUGCAAUAUGUGAUUGUAAUGCAGCGCGCUCUCGCCGACCUUGAACAUUCCCUACCGCAGGCUAUUAUCCAUCCCGGCUCCUUGGACUCGAUUCUUCACUUCAUUGUCCGGGAAAAUAUGCUUGAAAAAUACUGCGAGUCCCUCGCCCGCGACAAGACCACCCACCAUCUUCUUGCCUCAUUUCCAUCUCUCAACACCUCUCCGGACCAAAUCACUGUCUCCCUCGACACCCUCUUUCGCCUUCCUCCCAUCCAUCUAGAGCUCAUCCUGGAGCAUGCAAAGCGAUUCCUACAAACAACCGGUGUUCGUGUCUUCACAUAUCGCGAACGACACCUGCUCGAACUUCUGGGUCAUGCUAUCUCUCAAGAUCACAAAAAGGUCAUAACAACCACGCAAGAUGACAGAAUAGAGCACGCUUAA